UUUCCUCUCAAUCAUUAGCUUCCUCUCCCUCUCCCUCUCCUCCUCCUCUGAAUGUGUUUUCAGUAACAAGAGAAUCAAGAACCACUAUUCUCUCUUCCAAAAAUCUACUCCAAACAUGUCUAACAACAACGACGGAGCUCUUGUCGUGAAGAAACCUCCGGCGAAAGAUAGACACAGCAAAGUAGAUGGAAGAGGGAGAAGGAUACGUAUGCCUAUCAUCUGCGCAGCUCGUGUCUUCCAGCUGACAAGAGAGCUCGGCCACAAAUCGGACGGCCAAACUAUCGAGUGGCUACUGCGUCAAGCCGAGCCUUCAAUCAUAGCCGCGACAGGAACCGGCACAACUCCGGCGAGUUUCUCCACCGCGUCAGCCUCUCUCCGAGGAAACUCCACCACUUUGUCCUCGUCUCUAGAUCAUAAGCCUUUGCUAGGUUCCUCACCGUUUAUACUCGGAAAACGUGUGAGAGCCGACGAGGAUACACCGUCUGGGUUCUGGGCGGUUCCGGCGAGGCCGGAGUUCGGACAGGUCUGGAGCUUUGCCGCAGGAGGUCCACAAGAGAUGUUCUUACAACAGCAACAGCAACAAGCUGCAAUGGGUGAAGCGUCAGCAGCUAGAGUCGGGAACUAUCUUCCGGGUCAUCUUAAUUUGCUUGCUUCUUUAUCUAGUGGAGCUCCCGGGUCGGGUCGGAGAGAGGGUGAUGACCAGCGUUGAUGCCUUGAUUGUGAAGUUAAACCCCUUUUUUAGUUUUGGUAUAUUAAUAUUAAUCUAUGUUUCUCUAUUGUCGUUUCGGUCAAUAUCAAUCUCUUGCAUUGUUUACUCGA